AUGGACCGCGGCGGCAACGUCAAGGUUGUCGUACGAGUGCGCGCCUUUCUCGAGAGGGAACUCCGACGGGGCGCCAGAUGCCUCGUCGACAUGGACCCCGUCUCCCACAUCACCACGCUCAGAGCCCCCGACGACCAGGACGCCUCCUCGGCCUCGGCCUCCAGCCCCUCCAAGGCGCGCAGGGUCGGCGACAAGAGCUUCACCUUUGACAGCUCCUUCUGGAGCCACGACCCCGAGGACAAGGACUACGCCACCCAGGAGGACAUCUACAACAGCCUGGGCGAGGAGUUCCUCGACCACAACUUCGAGGGCUACCACACAUGCAUCUUCGCGUACGGCCAGACGGGCUCCGGCAAGAGCUACACCAUGAUGGGCACGCCCGAAAACCCCGGCCUGAUCCCCCGAACCUGCGAGGACCUCUUUGAGCGCAUCGAGGCCGCGCACAACGACGACUCGAGCGUCGCUUACAACGUCCGGGUCUCGUAUUUCGAGGUCUACAACGAGCAUGUCCGAGACCUGCUGGUGCCCGUCGUCCCCAACACGCCGCCCAACUACCUCAAGAUCCGCGAGUCGCCCACCGAGGGCCCCUACGUCAAGGAUCUCACCGAGGUGCCCGUGCGCAACAUCCACGAGAUCAUGCGCUACAUGAAGAUCGGGGAUGCCUCCCGCACCGUGGCGAGCACCAAGAUGAACGACACUAGUAGCCGGAGCCACGCCGUCUUCACCAUCAUGCUCAAGCAGAUCCACCACGACAUGGAGACGGACGAGACCACGGAGCGCAGCUCCCGCAUCCGCCUCGUCGACCUGGCCGGCAGCGAGAGGGCAAAGUCGACCGAGGCCACGGGCGUGCGCCUCCGCGAGGGCAGCAACAUCAACAAGUCGCUCGCCACCCUCGGCCGCGUCAUUGCCGCCCUCGCCAGCCCCAAGCAGCUCCGCUCGGGCAAGCGAAAGGACGUGGUGCCCUACCGGGACUCGAUCCUGACGUGGCUGCUCAAGGACUCGCUGGGAGGCAACAGCAAGACGGCCAUGAUUGCUUGCAUCGCGCCCUCGGACUACGAGGAGACGCUCUCGACGCUUCGCUACGCCGACCAAGCCAAGCGCAUCCGCACCCGCGCCAAGGUCAACCAGGACCACAUCUCGUCGGCGGAGCGCGACGCCCAGAUCGCCGCCAUGGCGCAGGAGAUUCGCAUGCUGCAGGUCUCCGUCUCCGACUCCCGCCAGCGCGAAAAGAAUGCUCAAGAGGCAGAAGAGCGCCUGGAAGAGUACCAGAUCCGGGUGAGCACCAUGCAGCGCAUGAUGGAGGAGCGCAGCAUGGUGGCUGAGAGCAAGAUCAAGAAGCUGCAGACGGAGAACGAAGCUCUCAAGCUGCACUUGAAGCUGGCCAUUGACAGUCUCAAGAAUCCGAUUCCACCGGUGCAGCUCAAGGAGAAGGAGGAGGAGGAGGAGGAGGACGAUGACGAAUACGACUACGACUCGGAGAGCACUGCUGCAGACGAUGAGCUGCAGCAUGAAAUGGAGCGCUAUCUGCAAGACAUGGGCAACCUGCGGAAGCUCAUUGGCGGCGACCUGACGCGGUUCAAGGACACGGACAGCGUGCGGAUGCCCCUUGGUACGACGAAUAUUUGA